CUCAGUGACUUGCUGAACAACCUGGAUGUGACCCGUUGUGCUGUAGCCACUGCUGAACCCUGCCUGCUCCUUUGCUGUGCAUCAUUUAAUGUUCUCAAUAUUAUUUUAUUAUUAUCUUGGUUAAAACCUUGCAGAUGACUGAAAGAAGAAGGCUUGGUGGGCAGUAGUUCUUUAAAUCAUCUUGGGCCCCUUUCUUGCAUAUAAGGAUCACUUCAACAUUUUUCCAUGCAUUGGGUAUUUUUUCUCCUCUGGGGCAUCUUGAGUUUUACUAGUAUCUUGUGUAAACUAUGACCACCAGUUUUCAGCAUUUCAAAUGUAACACAAAGCUUUGCCAUUUUUCAUUGACUUUAUGGCACUUGACAUCCACUCGGAUAUCUGGCGUUUCCUCUUUUGUGGGUGUUGUUACUUCUGAGUGAUCAAUGAAACAUCCAAAAACCAACCCACAAGCUCGGAAAACGAACAGCCCCCCCCUUAUAAAGAUGUAUUAAGAUAGUUUACAAUUGCCAUUGCUGAAGAGAAUUUCAAUGACAAAAAUGAAUGUUCUGUGUAGAAUUUUGUUUUGUUUUGUGUGAACCUUUGUGUUGUUGUGGCUGCCAAUAUUAUUAAAUAGUGCACUAUAAGGGCUCCUUUAUGUCAGUGGAACAUAAAGGUUGUUAAUUGUUUUAAACAGCUAACAACAUAUUCAUUUUAACCUAAAAGUCAGAUUCAACAGCUUACUGAAACAUUCUAACAACCUAAUUGUAUUGAUUUAUUUUUGUUUACUAUAUCCAGGUUAGUCACAUGAAUUAUUUAAAAUCAAGUACGGUCUGAUCCAGAUUCUAGUAGGCAGAAUCCGACUCAGAAGUUAGUGAACCGAAGCAUUAUGAAAAGAUAAUGGUCUAGUCACAAUCUGAAGGCUGUUGCAGUGGUUUCAUAAGGUGGUUGCUGCACCCUGCGACAUGCAGUUUAAUAAGAUUAAAGACUUAGAACUAGAUUUAAAGAUUACUGUCAGAUAAAAUGGAUAUUCAAUCUCUCUGCUUUAAUAUUCACUUCUGAGACCAAGUCGGAAGAAACUACAUUUCUCAGAGUCUGUAAAUCGUUUGGAAUUCAUUUGCACUUUUCUAACAGCAUGAAAAUAAUACGAAGAAAUUUAUUGUUCGGAAUGGCACUUAUAUUUAGUAGCAUCCAUACUGAGAGCGUCUCACACUCCACCCUGGUGCUGAACAUGGCCAAGAUUCUGUUGGACAAUUAUUGUUUUCCAGAAAAUCUGGUGGGAAUGCAGGAAGCCAUUGAACAAGCCAUCAAGGGUGGGGAGACUUUGAAUAUCUCAGAUCCUAAAAUCUUGGCAACAGCUCUGACAGCUGGACUUCAAGGAACUUUGAACGAUCCACGGCUGGUAGUAUCGUAUGAAGCUUUGGCUCCUGCAGUCCCUGAGCAAGAAGCAGAUGCUCCUCUACCAACAGAAGCACUUUUAGAGGUUAUCCAGCACACAGUCAAAUCUGAAGUGCUGGAUGACAAUGUAGGCUACCUGAGAAUAGACUACGUCAUCGGAGAGAACAUGGUGCAGCAAAUUGGUGCUUUCCUGGUAGAAAAGAUGUGGAAGCCCUUGAUGGAGACAUCAGCUCUGGUCUUAGACCUGCGUUACACCACCGGAGGGAAGGUCUCGGGGCUUCCAUUCAUCAUCUCCUACUUGUACAAUGAGGACAAACUGCUGCAUGUGGACACUGUCUACAACCGGCCUUCUAAUAGCACUGUGGAAAUAUGGACCUUGCCAACAGUGCUGGGCAUGAGAUAUGGUAAGAACAAGGAAGUCGUUUUGCUGACUAGCAAACACACCUCUGGGGUGGCCGAAGAUGUGGCUUAUAUCCUGCAGCAAAUGCACAGGGCCAUCAUAGUGGGUGAAAGGACAGCAGGCGGCUCCCUGGACCUCCAGAAAUUGCAAAUUGGGGCUUCCCAGUUCUACAUGACUGUUCCCGUGUCAUGUUCUAUCAGCCCCUUAAGUGGCGGUGGGCAGAGCUGGGAACUGAGUGGGGUGAUGCCAAGUGUGGCCGUUGCAGCGGAGCAAGCCCUGGGUGAUGCCCUCGCCGUUCUGUCCUUCCGCAGGGCGAUUCCUGGCAGCAUCAGUCACUUGAUGCAUCUCUUGCAGAACAAUUACUCAAUCAUUGAACAGGUGCCGGCGUUACUUCAACAGCUCUCUGCGUUCGAUUAUUCAGCCAUCCUGUCAGAAACAGAUCUGGCUUUCAAACUAAAUACUGAAUUGCAAAGCAUCUCCAAAGACCCGAGACUAUUCCUGUGGACUACCACAACCGGUGAGGCUACCAGUGAGGCCACUGAAGAGCCAAUGGACAUGAACACAGAGCUGCUGGAUGGUGAACAACUCAAACAAAUCCUGGCUGCUGUGUUUCAAGUGUCGGUGCUACCUGAAAAUGUGGGUUACCUGCGUUUUGAUCAGUUUCCCGAUGCUGGAGUGCUGAUCAAGCUGGAGCCCUACAUCAUCAAUCAAGUCUGGGAACCGUUGCAGGCAACAGAUUAUUUGAUCAUUGACCUGCGCUACAACCAGGGUGGGCCAUUUUCAGAUGCUGUACCAGUCCUAUUGUCCUACUUUCAGGAUCCCUCUGCCGGUCCUGCGCAUUUGUUUGCCGCCUAUAACAGACUCACCAACCAGACCCACGUUUACAACAGUAGAGUUGAACUGCUAGGCAAGCCCUAUGGGACCCAGCGUGGCAUCUAUUUGCUCACCAGCUACCUCACCGCUACAACGGCAGAGGAGUUUGCCUACCUGAUGCAAUCCCUCGGCCGGGCUACUCUGAUUGGUGAAAUCACUGCCGGCAGCCUGGCGCACUCGCGCCAAUUCUGCAUACUCAGGAUAAAAAAAGAGGAAGGCUGCGGCCUCUUUAUCAAUGUGCCAUUCAUCACCUUAAUUGACCGCCACGGUGAAUAUUGGCUGGAUGGUGAAGUGGUGCCUGAUGCCAUUGUGCUGGCCAAUGAGGCUUUGGAGAAAGCCCGAGAAGUGCUGGUAUUCCACAGAGAGAUGGGAGCACUGAUCGAGGAACUGGGGCUGCUGCUUGAAGCGCAUUACGCCAUACCAGAGGUGGCCACACGGGCAAGAGGGACACUACACUCCAAGCUGGCUCAAGGAGGCUAUCGCACAGCAGUGGAUUUUGAAAUGCUUGCCUCACAGUUGACCACUGACCUUCAAGAAGCUUCUGGGGAUCACCAGCUGCAUACAUCUUACAACCAUGUCGAAUCUUUCUUACAGGAACAACUUCCUAACAAGACUCUGACCCCUGAGGAGAUCCGCUACAUAAUUGAGGAUCUGUUCAAGGUAGACAUUUUGCCUGGCAACGUAGGAUAUCUGCGCUUUGACCUGAUGGCUGAAGCAGAGACAGUGAAGGCCAUUGGCCCCCAACUGUUGCACAUUUGGGACAAGCUUGUGACCACAGAGGCUAUGAUUGUUGACAUGCGCUACAACACGGGCAGUUAUUCCAGCGCAGUGCCCAUCUUUUGUUCCUAUUUCUUUGACAGUGAGCCCCAGCAGCAUCUUUACACGCUCUUUGACCGCAGCACCACUCAGAGCAUGGAGGUGUGGACUUUACCACAUAUCUCUGGCAAACGAUACGGGUCGGCGAAGGAUAUCUAUAUCUUAAUUAGCCACGUGAGUGGAUCAGCAGCAGAAGCCUUCGCUCGCUCUCUAAAGGAUCUCAAUCGGGCCACGGUCAUUGGGGAGCCCACGUUGGGGGGCUCCCUGUCCGCAAAUGUUUACCAUUUAGGCAGCAGCCCCUUGUAUGCUUCCAUCCCCAGCAAGGUGGUGCUGAGUCCCGUCACGGGCAAAGUGUGGAGCCUUUCUGGCGUACAGCCGCACGUCACCAACCAGGCUUCGGAAGCCAUGACUUCCGCCCUGAACAUCAUUGCUUUGCGCUCCAAGCUCCCCAGCAUUUUGCAGACGGUGGCCAAACUGGUGGCUGACAACUAUGCUUUUGCUGAUGCUGGGGCUCUGGUGGCAGACAAACUUUCUGAAGAUGCCACAAGAGACACGUACCAGAAGAUCAACUGUGAAAUGAAGCUUGCUGAAAAAAUUGCAGCUGACCUAAAAGCUCUUUCUGGAGAUAAACACUUGAAAAUAACCCAUGUUCCCGAGCACCUGCGCAACCAUAUUCCAGGGAUCGUGCCCAUGCAGAUUCUUUCCUCCGAAAUGUUAGAAGACCGCAUUAAGUAUUCGUUCCAAACCAAAGUCUUUGAGAAUAAUGUUGGUUACCUCAGAUUUGAUACAUUUGGGGAGAGUGAGCUUUGGCCUCAAUUCUCUGAGCUGAUGGUGGAACAGGUCUGGAAGAAGGUUGUCCACACUGACGCACUAAUCAUCGACAUGAGGUACAACACUGGAGGGCCCGUCUCCUCUGUAGCAACUCUGUGCUCCUACUUCUUUGAUGAAGGACGUCCAAUUCUACUGGACAAAGUCUACUACAGACCAAAUAAUACUACCAAUGACCUUUGGACUUCUUCCCAACUUUUAGGUCAAAGAUACGGCUCCGGAAAGAGCGUGGUGAUUCUCACCAGCUCUUCAACUGCCGGGACUGCCGAACAAUUUGUGUCUAUCAUGAAGAGGCUGGGCAGAGCCUUGAUCAUCGGACAAAGGACCAGCGGGGGUUGCCUCCCCGCUCAGACAUUCCAAGUGGACGGGACUGGCCUCUAUGUCACCAUCCCAACUUCUAGAUCCACCAUUUCUUCUGAGGACUCUUGGGAGGGCGUUGGAGUGGAUCCUCACGUGGCGGUUCCCACUGAGAAAUCCCUCAUGCAAGCCAAAGCGAUGCUUGUCUCCCACCUCCAUAGUUUGAGUUAGAUUAGCGGGUCCAACCAGUGGUUUGCCUGAAGGCAAAAGGGCAUCCGGUUCCUUUCCCUUCCCUUGAGACUAAGAUUUUGGCCUUGCACAUUCAUGCCAGACAUCAUUCCAAGUCUUCUAUAAUACCUAUAGUUAAUAGCAAUAGCAAUAGCAGUAGACUUAUAUACCGCUUCAUAGGGCUUUCAGCCCUCUCUA